GACUGACAUUGACGUUUCAUUUAUGUCCAUGUUAAGGUUAUAUUUCGCUUUGAAUCAGUAAUCGAUAAAAUGCAAUUUUUGCUUAGUUUUUAAUGAGAGUUAGUAUAAGACACAGUCAACACAAUCAAUAGUUUGCGUUAUUUCGGCAAUAUGGCGUUCACCCCGUUGAGAGUGGGUUUCAUGCAAAAAAUUGUUCAGAAUGCAUUCUAUACUACUAUGAUGAAACGACCAUUGGCUUACAAAAGCGCUAUUUCUUUGGAGACAUUGUACCCGAACAGUUCUUUAAAACUCAGCACUCCGUCGUUUAAUGCUGACCCAAAGGAGAAAUUCUCCGGUUUCAUCCCCAUGGAGAAACUGGACAUCACAUACAGUGCCAGCUCUGGGCCGGGGGGACAGAAUGUUAACAAAGUGCAUACCAAGGUUGACCUGAGAUUCAAACUGAGUGAAGCAGACUGGCUGCACCCAGAAGUGAAGGAAAAGAUGCUAGAAUUGCAUGGGAAGAAACUAUCCAAAGAAGGGUACCUGAUCAUCCGCUCGGAUGCCACGCGCUCGCAGCAGCUCAACUUAGCAGACUGUCUCCAGAAACUUCGUACUCUUCUGAGAGAUGCUGCUGUCACGCAGCAGACGCCUUCGCCGGAUACUCUCGAGAAAGUUAGGCAGAGGCACCUGAAGGCAGCGCGUAUGCGAGUGGCACUGAAGCGAGAGGACGCAGCGAAGCGCGCGCAGAGGCAGCCGCCGACCGUCGUCGACUUAUGAUUCUUCCACUAAUUGGCCGCGUUGCACUAGGCUGCAGUACUUAAUAUGACAAUGGACUAACAUCUGUACAUGUAUCAGUGCUAACUUUCUGAUAUACAACGCCUAAGCACGCUAGUUUACUCUAAUCACAUGUCGAGAGCCGAUCGCUUUGGUAAGCGCGACGACCGCAUGCAAAGACAGUGAUUUUGGGUUGUGGACGUUUGUUUGUACGGAUUGGCGUAUCUGAGGGCCUACCGCGAACACCGAAGCUCACAAAUAACGGGCAUCUUUCUCUGUCACUCUAAUUAAUAGGAGUAAAACGAACGUUAAUAGUAGUAAACGAGGAACGCCUUAAUAGUAGUAAACGAGAUGUCCGCAAUUUGCGAACUUCGGUGUUCGCGGUCUGAUAUUAGGAAAUAUUUCUAUGUGUUUUAUGAGAAGAUCAGAAAACUGCGAGUAAAGGGACUGAAAAGUACUGCUACCAAUUUAAAUGUUCUAUUAGAUGUUUGUCCAUUACCAUUCCGUCUGUAGGCCAGUGUCCAAGAAAACCUCAGCUAUUUUGAAAGUAAUUUAUUCAGUAGCGUGUUCACUGCCAGAUAUACCUUGCGAUUUAUAGAGAAGUGGAAAAAUGUCCGUUAAAAUAACGUACUUGUGAAUUACAAUUAUGACUGUCAAAAUACCUGAGAAUUGGUGGCAGUCAGCUUGUUUUUGGCUGCCAAACGCGUCCAGUUGCCAUUAUCUUUAGUUAUUUUACUUUGAAUGUGUAUUUAGCAUUUAGAUAUGAUAUUAAUAAAGGUUAAAAUUGUUUAUUA